CACCAUGAAUGAGGCAGAAAAAUGAAGAAAAAACUUUAUACGAAGAAACAUAUUGUCCUGCAACAUCCAAUGUAUUGAUGGAUCCUUGUGAGAUUGAAAUAAGAUUGAAAGAGGCUUUAGUCAACCUAAAUGUAAACACAAAUGGAAUUUCUUUAAAAGUACGACGUAAUCAUAUGUUUGCUGAUUUUUGUAAAAGAUUUAGCCGUCCAUGGAUUAGAGAACAUUUAGGUUCAAUGAUUGUUGUUACUUUCUAUGGUGAGUCAGGUGUAGAUCAGGGAGGUUUGAGAAGAGAAUUUUUCUCUGAUGCCAUGGAAGAGGGAAAGCAACAACUGUUUGUAGAGAGUGAUGAUGGUUACAUUCCUCGUAUCAACUGUUACGGAGAUAUAGCCAAUGAAACAUUUAAAUUGUAUGGCGAAUUAAUGGUAUCUUCAAUUGCAAUGACUGGUCCUGCUCCAAACUACUUCGCAAAAUGGGUUUACAAAUAUUUCAUACAUGGAACUAAAAGCAUAUUUGGUAGUGGACUUAAAAUGACGAAGGAUAAUAAAAUUGGAGAAGUUUAUUACAAGUUGGAGAAAAUAACUGAUGAAAAGGCUUUACAAGCAAUGCUUUCUUCUGAUGAUGGAAUGGAUGUAUUAUGUGAAAUCGGCUAUAAGGGAAUACCUCAAAGAGCAAAAAUGCCAUAUUAAGGUCGAUUAUGCUGAAAGAAAAAAUGCAACCCGUGAUGCUUGUUCUUGAUCAGGUUACCGAAGGUUUUAAGACUCUAUGGAAUUCUCCACACUGUGCGAUCCCAGCCUGACUUAUUUGAGUAUGUUUUUUGUACUAACAAGAAUUCGAAAAAUUUGCAGUACCAGUAUACAGUGAACACGGUUCAUCCAAAAAAGUGUUAGAAAUUGACACGUU